AUGCAUAUCUACUCUUUUUUUCUGUCUCUUCUAGACACUUUCUUAAGGUAAGGUCCUCAAUUAUAUAUAGUUUCAUUACAUUAGUUCUUAAACUUAUAAAUUUGGCUACUAAACUUCAAUUUCCAAAAAAUAGUGUCCAUUUUUUUUAAGCAUGGAAAAUGAACAAAUUACAAGCAAGGAAAUGAAAGUGGAGAUUCAAUCAAGGAGUGAAGUUAUGUCAAGUACUAUAGGGGUAGAGGUACAAGGGGGUUCAAAUAUGGGACAAGGUGGACUUAUGAGACAACCUAGUAUGACCAAAACAAAUUGUCUAUGUUCACCAACAACACAUCCUGGUUCAUUUCGUUGUAGGCUUCAUCGUAGUCCUAGUCUUCAAAGGACCAAAAGCAUAGAGCCAGAAUCAAUCCCUGAUCAGACAUCUACUAUAGGUCAUGGUUCUAUUGUUGGUGGUGACAAAGAUCGAAUCCAUUAAUGUUAUGUUUAAUUGAAUGUUCAAUAUUAUUUAUUAUUCAGUAACUAUAUGGUUACUUUUGUUCUGUAUAAUUGUUUAGUCUUAUAUGUGUUAUAUGUGUUAUGUUAUGUGUAUUAUUGCAUGCAAUUUUCUUUUAUUUAUGUUUGUUGUAAUUAAAAGGAAGCAAUCUAUGUCACGUUCUUAUUGAUUCUGAAA